GCUUUGGGGCCAGAAAAGCCAAGAGGAGCUUUUCGGGACUGCCGAACCUCAGUGCGGCGGCGGCUCGCAAGGCGGAGAGCGGGGGACGCUUUCUAGGAAGCCGCGGCGGCUCCUUGUUUUUCCUCUCCUCCUGCUGCUUCUUUCCUCGGCGCACGGCCGCCUUUCCUCGCUCGCUCUCCCGGCGGAUUCAGCCAGGCAGUGGCUCGAACCUUCCUCGUCUCGGCGCUGGGCUGAAAGGGGCGCGCUCGCCUUUGGAAAGCUACUCUCGCCCCGCGUCUUCCUUUCCUUUCCUCGAACCUGGGAGCCUCGGACGGAGAUUUUUCUCCCGCCCGUCCUUGUCUUUGGAAACUUGGCUUCCCGGGAGGUGGCUGGCCGUGCCCGAGCGCGCCCUCCACUUCUACCGCGUCGGUGGGAGCCCCGCCUGGCCACCGAGGGGAUAGCUGUGGAGAGAAUUGGAAACCCGGACCAGGGGGCCUCUAGCUUUGCCUGGAGCAGAAGACUGCACAUCACUGAGACCCCCUCACCCAUCUGGAGGAUUACUGAUACCUGAAGGAUAGAAAUGAUGUGCCUCUGAAAUUUGGUGCUGCUUUGGAGAAUGGGUAGAAAUGCAGUGUGAUCCCAAGGCUGGAAGAUUGGAGGGAGAGUUGCUGUUAUCCAUAGGAAGUUCACCUUGGUCACCAGAAAAUCUGUUGGAACUAAGGCAGGAGUGCAAAAUCCAAAGUGAAGCCAACACCCAGGAAAUCUGAGAAGCACUCUGAGCACAUAUUCCAGUUGGUGCACAUGGACUUGGUGGGUCCUUUGAAACCCUCCAUUGAAAACAUUGUCAUGUGACAUUAACAACACUGAAGAGUCAACAACAUUCAGUAAAACCCAUUCUUAAAAAACAUUCCUGAAAAUUAAAAGAACUUUCAGCAAAAUGGACUGGAACGUAGGGACAAUCAAUAAGAUGCAAACAAGUGAUCCCUUCUUGAUGCCCCAAGUUCCUUCUGCUGCUUCUAUUACGUCCCAAACAAAUGUCUUAAUGCAGAAUUUUUGUAAUUCUGGAAAUAGCCAAACCACAAAUAUUCCAUCAAGUAUGAAGUAUAUGUUGACAAAUAAACGACAAUUUCGAAAUAACAGGGCUUCUAAAAACUUAAGGCCAGUGUUUCCUAAAGUAGCAGUGUCUAGAACAAGUUUUGGACUAAACAAUAAUUUUUACAAAUUGUCACCAUCUUCACUUUCCACCAUGACAGUUGAAAUGGCAGCUGAUGUACAGAAUCCAAAUUUAUCAAGGAAUAUGCAAAUCUCUUCCUCUUUACCAUUACAGGGAAGUACAGUUAAUUCUGUGCAAAAUAUGCAUCAAAAGACAAAUGCAUAUAUGGCCGUGGGCAGUUUCAGUAAUCAGACACUACAAAAUUGUUCAAAUUCUAUGGGAACCUCAGUUUAUCAGCAAGAUCCUCUAAAUACUUCAUCUCCAAAAAGGGCCCCAACACAGAUGCCCUACUAUUACAUGAAUGGGCCUGCUACCUCUCAAGCAGAUGCUAGAGUGUCCCUUAACUCUGCAUCAAAUUAUUAUUUAUCUCCUCAGCAAAAUGUCCAGUAUCCUGAUUACUGUUCAGCAAAGAAGUGCCCAAAUUCAGCUAUUCCAGUAACGAUGCAAUCACAAACUUAUGCUUCUGAUCAAGUAAUUCCUCCACCAUAUCCAAUUUAUUCUCAUUAUAAUUACAGGAAUACAGUCCAAGCUACUAAUAUAAACUCUUCACUAUCGGACUUGAUGGUUCCCAUACAAGCAAACCAUGGACAAUUUGUUCUGCAACAACCAACAGCAAUUUUAUCUAACGAAAAAGUUGAAAGUUAUCAUAAUACUCUGAUUGAUCAAAAUAGCAAUUUAUAUUCUGUUCGGCCUGAUCAGAAAUCUCAAUCUCUGUCAUCCUGUACAGAAACAAAUGUGGUAGGCCCCACUGCCUAUAAUGUAAGUGGACCAAAAACUACAAUGCAGCUUUCUAAUGAAUCAGUAAAGUCAUAUGUUGAAGCUGAAGGUAAUUUUUCUAACAGUAUACCAACAACUACAACAGUUAAGGUCGCUGAACCUUUGCAACAGACAAAUCAAACUUUGCAACUAGAAAAGAACAUAAGUAAUGAGAAUUUAUCUAAGGAUAAAGUUAAAAUAACCAGAGAGAGUUUAUCACUAGAUGUUCAAGCCUUGUAUGAAAUGAGAAAUGCAUUAUUAAAACUUAAAGAGAAUUUUAAUUUAAAACAAAAAAUAUAUUUAUCUUCUCUACAGAGUGGGCAGACCCCUAAUACAUCCGUAAACAAUCAAAAUCCUAAUUUAUUUUCUCAUAAUACUAACCCAUCAGUAGAAUGUACUGCCCAACCAGUUCUCUCAGAUAAAGUCACUCCAAAUCAAUUUUCAUCUAAUUCACACAAUUCUUCAGUUGUACCACAGAAAACAAAGUAUCAUUUAUUGCCAAUUCUGUGGAAUCUGCUGAAAGGUACUGAUGAUGAAAAUAUGUUAUUUAAUGCUGAUGUUGAAGGUGGAGAUAAAUACCAAAAUAAGCAUUUUAUUGUUCAAGAUAAUUCAUCUACUGAUUCUAAUGAUGAUGCGUUUGGAAAUCCUGUUAACACUGAUGGAACUACUAAAUUAAGCUAUAAAAUCUCUCCUGUUGGUUCUACUCAGGGAACAAACAUCAUUAAAUCUGCUCAUAAUCAAUUAGAGAAAAUAUCAACUGUACCUAAUAGUGACUUACUUAAUUCUUCUGAACAAAAUAAAAAUUCAGAAAGUGGUGGUGUUCAGUAUUUAAAUGAUAGCAUUCAGAGUUUAGUUAAGAAUUCAGAUGUUUCUCAGGAAUCCUCCUCAAUGAAAAAUUCAAUAAAAGAAGAACAUGGUAAUUCUACUCCUGCAUGUCAUAUUCAGCAUGGUGAAAAUACUUGCCUUCAGAAACAAACGAAUAGUGAAAAGAUCGCUGAUACGUUUAGUUCUUCUAUCUCCAAAGGAGUUGAAGCUGUAACUGGAACUCCUGGUUUAGAAGUAACUUUGGAAGAACUGAAAACAAGCCUGGCUUUAUGGAGAAAGUGCCUCCCAAAAUCCUUAAAUGAACUACUAAAUAGAAAUACUGAAUCUUCCAGUGAUGGGAUUGAUGGCAAGGGUCCUGCAAAAAUUUUGGAAAACCUCCCCAAUAUAUUGACUCAAAAUUACGACACUAAAAUUACAGUUGAAAGGACUCAGAUUUAUGGUUCUUCAUCUUUUGAAAAAAACCUUGAUGGAGUAAAUUCCAAUUUGCCAAAAGGCUCUGAACCUCAAGUAGCUGUUGUUACUCCACGAAUAUUAUCAAAAAAUAAUGAUGUGCAGAAAAAUAAUGAAAUCAUUAAUCCAGCUACCGAUAUUGAAGAAGGCACUGUCCAUACUUUAGAAAAAGUGAUAUCUACAAAAUCAGAUAGUAACGAGGAAAAAAGAACUAUUUACUCACCUACAGAUUCCUAUAAAUAUUGUGAUUUAAAUGUGCACCAGGGAACAGAUAAAUCCACAGGAAAAAAUAAAAUAGUGAAAGCAGAAGUUGGAACAAAUCACACUUUCGAUUUAAAUCAAGAGAAAACAAAUUCCUCGCCGCUUGGAUUAAAGGAAUAUGACCUCAAUUCAGGAGUCCAACAUCAAUGUGAACUGAUCACUAAUGAUUUAACUGCAUCAUCUCAAAAAUGUGUAACAUCAAAAAAACAUGCUCCAAAUUUGGAUGAAUCCAACAAUACUGCUGAAGUUGGGUUGAAAGACAGUAUGUUGCAAAUAUCUAGUGUAUGUACUCUUGUACAGGGUGAUGCAUUUUAUAAUUCGCAAAUAGCAGACAUCUUUAGUACUAGCCUUUUGAAACCUGGUAUAAAGCUUGAAACUUCAGGAGAACACAUGCCUUCUCUACAACACAACGAGGAUGAAUCUGGCCUUUUGAAAAAUGACCCUGAAGUUGGGAUGAGUCUUUCAGAGGAAGGCGGCAUAUUGCUACCAUCAGGAAGUUUAUCCAAAACUUUCACAGGAAAACCUGAAGACUUGCAAACAUUAGAAAGCCCUCAGUGUGACAAAACCUCAGUGGAAACAAAUGCAAGCAACUCUGAGAAACAAAAGAACAAUGACUUUUUAGAAGUUGCUUCACUUUCAGGAAAAAAAAUAGAGCAAGAUAUAUCUUACGGUUGCAAUACAGAUUUGUCCAAUAACGAGAUGUUUGAAAAUCAGGAGAGUCUGUGUGAGACAAACAACAUGUCCAGUAUUAGAAAAGCAGGUGACUUGGAGCAUACCCUGGAUGAAGGCAAGGAAGCCCAUUUGGGAAGCAGCACUGAAUCCUCUGCAACCUUUUUGAACAAUCAGCUAACUGAGCUUUCAAAAGAAUUUCCCUACGGAAUUGGUUAUUUGAAUAUGGUAAAGGAAAUAGAAAACAAAGAUUCUAGAACUAUGCUGCCAGAAAGAGAAGAUAAAGAAAAUACUAUGAGCCAUGAGAAAAGUCUUGAUCCUAGUGAUGCAGUAGAGCAAAUUAAAAUAGUAAUCCUAAAUUCUCAACAGAUGAGUGAAGUGUUUCCUGAAUGCAGGCAACAAUCCUCCAACAAGUUAGAUAACCACGGAGGUGACCAGAUGAGAAUGGAUUCAAAACAUAAAGAUGUAGGACACUACAGGAAGUCUAACGAGGACUUAAAUGUUGACAGCAAAGUUAUCAAGUCUGAAAGACUUGGAAAACCAGAACGGACAUACUGCUGCUUGCCAGGUUGGUUAGCUUCAAAAUAUAAUGUGGAGCCUUGUUCAUGUAUGCUAGCUAAAGAACCAAGUUUGAAGGAAAAAACUGAUUUGUAUUCACAGUCUAAAGAGAGAUCAAAAUCCAGUGAGUCUGAUUGUAGCCUAAAAAAUGAAGUACAGAAUUCCAUAUUAGAUACAGGCAAUAAUAUCUUUCUUUUGGGAGAUCAGAGUAACAAAGCUUUAAAUAAAACUUUUGGAUGUAAAGAAACUGAACCUCAAGUAAAGGAAGAUAAACUACCCAAAUUAGAGCAAGCAACUACUCCACGUUCUUCAUUGAAAAAUUCAAAUUCACAAGAACCUAAAAAGCGGGGUAAAAAACUGUCUCAUUCUGCAGAUUCCCAGUCUCUACAGAGAGAAAGAGUUGGAACUAAUAAAAUACGCAACCAGAAAAAUGGUAGAAGGAAUAUCUCAAAAAGUGAAGCACAGUAUCAUUUAAAUAGAGACUUCAAAAAGAUAAUUAUCAAAAAACUUGCCAAAAAGAAAUUGGAGAAAAAGUCUUUUAAUAAAACUCUGAAAUCAAAAAUAGAUACUGAUCGCCACAGAGGAAUAGAAACUAAGAAUAGUAUCAAUUUUGAAAAAUACAAAAUUAAACGAGAUACUAGUGAAACACACGUGAUUAAAGGACCAAUUUCAAGCAGGAGUCUAAAGAGACAAAUGAUGAAGGAAACAAACGUGAAAGGAUUGGAAACUCAGCCUAGUGAGGUCAUGCCCUCUUCAACAUUAAACAGUGUUAGCUUUGCUUCUGAAAAACAUGAAAAUUCUGAGCAUAAUUCUACCUUGGGUUCACAAGUACAUUUAAAUAAAACAAAAUUGAAAGGUUUGGAGAAACAAUACGGAUACAAAAAAGUACAAUAUAAUGAACCUAUUUGUCCUAAGCAGCGUGUCGAACAAAAUCUCACACAACUUGUUAAAAGAAUAAAUCUAGAGAAAUAUGCAUACAGAAAAGAUAAGAAAAAUGAAUGUCAAAGCUCACAUUUCGAUAAUAGAAUUCCUGCAUCCCAGAAUGAAAGAGAUAAUCCUUCCAAUGAAGUCCACUCUCCAGUCAAAGAAGGCACAUUGGAUAGUAGUAACCCAGACAAGUGGUCUGUGAAAUCACUUUCUGAUAAAAAAUGUUUUAAAAGAAAAAAUAAACACACAGUUUUUCUGCAGAAGGAACAAAAGAAAAACUAUUUGAACAGAGUGGCAUUUAAACGGACUGCCCAGAAGACUAUUCGUUUGACAAGCCUGGAUUCGGUGCACUCCAAACCCCUUUGGCACGUGAAAUCAAAUAAUGGAACUGAGGAUUCUGAACCCCACCAAAAAGGCAGCUCUUCAUCCCAAAUGUCUGAAGCAGAGAGGCCACAAAUGCUUGAAUUCAAAAUGUGUCCAGAAAUAUUAUUUAGGAAGUCCACCUCUGAAGAACAAACUCUAGAAGCAACAAAGCUUCCUGAAAAAAACAGGAUAUCUGUUACAGCAGUCAAAAGUAAAAGAGAAGAUUGGUUAAAUUAUUGUCCUGUGAAAAGAAGAAAAACGGAAGAAAAUGAAAUUCAAGUUAAUGAUGAAAUUCCACUUGACGCAGCAAUAAAAAUACUGGAAGGAAAUGAAGUAUUCCAUGGGUCCAUGAAGGAUUCCAAAGCCACCUUUGAAACCUACCGGAAAAUGCAUCUAGAAAAAAGAAGCCGAAGCCUGGAUAGCAGUCCCAUAAGCUAGGAUCUUUCUUUUGUAAACAACAUAUUUUGGACUGCAUGCGCUUAUAUUAAUGUCCUAAUGACUCAGGCCUGUAAUAAGAUGUAACUUUCAUGUAUGUGACCUUCCAUAAUUUAUUUCAUGCCUACCGGUAUCUUAAGUUUGCUUAUUUAAGUACGUAGGUAUGCUCAACGUUGAAUUCUGGAAUGCGUUAUAAUUUCAACUGUUGGAGAUUUUGUUAGGUACAGUUAAGUUCAAUACCCUGCCAGUUCAAAACGAGGCCAAAUAGUUUUCAUUUUUAUGUAGACGUUUUAAAGGAAUGGAGCUGUACUUUAUUAAAUGUUGUGGAAACAAUUAACACAUCAAUAAAUAAGCUUUAGUAGGUUUUAUCAAGGAGCAUUGGAGUUUAUUAGCUGCUACCUGUUUUGUUGGGACAUUAGAACCAUACGAGAAAACCAACUUUUGCUUUACUGUACUGUAAUCCAUUUGCAUACUGGGUUUUUGGGGGAAGAGGGUUCUAGGUAAAAGCAAAAGGGCUAUUUUUGAAAUGGUUGCUAUGAUUUAAAUGAAAAUAUAUUUUAAAUUUUUCAUUCAGAAUCCUUUUAACAAGCAUUUCAUUUGGAGUCUUCCAAUUAUUUUUACAAGACAAAUCCCUCAGUAAGCUAUAUUAGCUAAAUGUAACAGAAAUUUGUGCCUCGAAACUAUUGUGGUGUUGAAUGUUGUGCCUUUUAUUGUUUGGCACUUUUGUUACUUUGUUUAUUUUGACAGCAAUAUGUAUUUUGAGUAAAUGUUUAGUCACUUUCAAAUGGUAUUAUUUGUUUACAGAAUUAAAAACAUAUUUUUUACCAUAA